CGUCACACACUCAGGAAACCUUUCAUGUCUCCGCUGUAUUUUUCGAUCAGCCUCUUUCUGCCAUGGUGAAGACCGAUAAUCUGUGUCUUUUGUUGAUUUUUUAGUUUAAUUAUCAUCAAUCAUGUGUUCUGUUUCGAAAAUCUCACUUCAAAAGAAGUAUGUGGCAUCAGGAGUAUUUAAGGCAGAGCUGAACGAGUUUCUAACUCGAGAGCUCGCUGAAGAUGGUUACUCUGGAGUGGAUGUUCGUAACACGAACAACAAAAUGGAUAUCAUCAUCAUGGCAACACGAACACAAAGUGUCCUUGGAGAAAAAGGCAGACGCAUCAGAGAACUGACAGCUGUCCUGAAGAGGCGUUUCGGUAUCUCCGAUAGCCACAGCACUCCUGGCAUUGAAUUGUAUGCUGAAAAAGUUGAAACGAGAGGUCUAUGUGCAAUUGCUCAGGCUGAAUCGUUACGGUACAAACUCAUCGGAGGUUUAGCUGUCCGAAGAGCAUGUUAUGGUGUCCUGAGGUACAUCAUGGAAAGUGGAGCGAAAGGGUGUGAAGUAGUCGUCUCUGGAAAACUCCGAGGACAGAGAGCUAAAUCCAUGAAAUUCGUUGAUGGAUUAAUGAUUCACAGUGGAGAACCUUGCAAAGACUUUGUAAAUACUGCCACUCGUCACGUACUUCUGCGGCAAGGAGUGUUAGGAAUCAAAGUUAAGAUUAUGUUGCCGUGGGAUCCUACUGGCAAGACUGGCCCCAGGAAACCUCUCCCAGACAAAGUUAGUGUUGUUGACGCAAAAGAAGAUCCAUUGCCUGUUGCUCCCUCCAGCGAUGUCAAAACAGGCAAACCAGAACUUGUUUAAACAUUUUUAUUUUUACUUUUAUGAAUAAAACUGACAAAACAAGACUA